UCAAAGGAAAAUCUUCGGGCAAUGCUACGUGUUGUCCUUGAGCACACAGAGGAUUUUACUGAUUCUGCUUAUACGAGCCACGAGAAUAGAGAGCGCAUCUUGGAACUGUCCAAGCAAGGAAAGAUGGAACUGGAGCAGCUGGUGUCAGCGUGGAUGUAUGCUCAAAGUCAGAGGAAAAAGGAUGUCACGGAAGACCUGGAAGUAGCGAUAUUAAAAAUGUGUCAGUGUAUGACCGAGCUUCAGAGAGAACUUCACAGUGCAGCAACAUCUGUCGCAGCAGACGUGAUAAAAUACCAUUCUGAUCACCUUGUUUUGAAAGCUCUGAAAAUCUGCGGGACAGAAGGAAACAUAGAAGCAGUUGCAGAACACAGCUGUAAGCUCUCUGAACAGAAAGAACAGUUGAUUGAAAUAUGUCAUUUAUUGAGGCAUGUCUCCGGAACAGAGCCGCUGGAAAUUACUUGUCUACAUGCAGAAGACACUUUUCACGUGACGGGGCCUCAGAUAAUUUCUGCUGCAGAAACCCUGACGCUGCAUCCUUCCAGCAAGAUUGCAAAAGAAAAUCUGGAUGUGUUCUGCGAAGCCUGGGAGUCACAGCUGACUGACAUGUCCUUGCUCUUAAGAGAAAUCAGUGAUGUGUUUGAAGGAAGACGAGGAGAGAAGCGUGUGUACCUGUCGCUGCCCAGGCCAGGGAAGCAUAAUGCAAACAUGAAAGCCUUAAAGCCAGUCAGGCUUGAUAGUGAGGAGCAAAUGAAACUUGGGAAACUAGGCUUGGAACUGCAUAAACUGACAACGCGGGUUGACUCUGAGAUGGAGAAGUGGGAUGAUCCUGAAAACGAGAUUGUACGGCAUGGGCAAGGCCUGUCUAGCAUGGCCUACUCUAUGUUCUUAUUUACAAGAGGGGAAGGGCUGCUGAAAACCACCCAGGAUUUAUUUCAGCAGUCAGAGGCCUUUGCUGCAGAAGGACUUAAGCUUGCCUCGGCUCUCCUUGCGUUUUCUAAUCAGCUGGAAGAUGACGACAAGCCAUUGGUUCUACAAGAGAUUGACAAAAUGGUCCCUGCGUAUCAGCAGCUUCAGGUAACAGCCAAAACCCCGGUUCAGGGUAAAACUGCAACUUUCACAAAGGUGGACGCGUGCAUUCACAAAGCAAAGUAUAUUCUCGAUCUGCUGGCCCAGGUUCUUCCACUUAGCUGCAGGUUACUAAGAAAGCACAGAGGAGGAAAUGACUAUCUUAGAGCCCAUCAUCCAUGGAGAGAAAAUGGCCUGCAGACCGUAGCAAGAGAAAGUGGUGGCCUGGCUGGAAGAACAGACUCCUUUGGGAUAAAAUCCUUGGAACAACACAUCGCAUACCUCAGUGUUUUGGAGAACAAACCGUUCUAAGGCGCUUUUUGGGAACAAAAAGAUUUCCAUAUGAGAGUUUGUACACUAAGCCUCUCCUAAUUGCUUUCUUUUGAGAAAGGUGAAACCAGGAUAGAAAAAGCUCUUGUAACCUUUUCACAUCUAAUAGAUGUCAUGGUACUUGGCAGAUAACAAAAGCAACACACAGCUUUAAAUGGCUGCAUAUUUUUGUAAAAUGAAUACGUUUUUUGUUCACUAUUAAUAUGUACCGCUAUUUUUGUAAUCCCGUGCAUUUAUGAAUGUCUUACUCUACAACCCCAAAGAUGCUGCUAUAGAUCUUUAUGCACAUGAACUGGAUAGUCUUUUGAUAUGCUACAUGGGGGGUGGGUUAAACUACUGGUAUUUUGUUGUUUGUUUAACAGUCACCACUAAGGACCCUGGUCUGAAAAUAGGUAUUGUGGAAGAGUGUUUUUGAAAAGGGAGUAAUGGAUGGGACUAGAAUCUAUCCCCCUCCCUCCUAAAGUGACCUGCAAACAGGUUCUUUUGCCACAGAUCCUACUUUUACCUUGAGAGGAGGAAGGGAAAGAGGCAGGCAUAGUCUCUUUAGGGGCAAGAUUUGGUCCCAAUGUCUCCAAGCUGCUGAUUUCUUCUGAAAGCAUUUGUUAGUUACAAGAAAGCUUUAAGGAUAAUAGCCUUCUGAAAACCUCACUCUUUUUUU